AUGUCGCAUUCCUUGGAAGACUACCGACGCCAGCGCGCAAACAUCAAAAGGAACAUUUCUCGCAUUAAAACUUUGGUCGAUGGACAAUCUGGAGAUUCUUCUAAAAGAUCACCUGCGGAUCUUCAAUGUCGUUUAGGCAUUUUGGAAUCGUACUUUAAGCAAUCGUUGGCUAUUCAAUCGGAAAUAGAAACUCUGGAUCCAAAUGAUAAUGGGCGCGCUGAACUGGAAGACAACUAUGUACACAUUAAGUUGGCAAUUAAGAAAUUGCUUGGUGAAGACUUAAAUAGUACAGUCGCUGAUGACGCUACAUCACACGUUGCUUACCAACCUCAACCAUCACGUCUGCCUUGUUUGGCCUUGCCCACAUUCGAUGGCAAUCAUCUGGAAUAUAACAACUUCAUUUGCUCGUUUAAUCAAAUCGUGAAAGGAGCGCAAAUAACAAACAUUGAGAAGUUUAACUAUCUACUCAACUGCUUAAAGGGUGCUGCACUGGAGUGCGUGAAGGCAUUUCCAGUCACCAAUGAAAACUACGCUAAGGCAUUAGAAAAAUUAAAGUCUCGUUCACUUUCGUCCUUGGGCUCUGGCAUCGACAUAGCACAAGCCAUGUUAAUCUAUGUGGUUCUGGAUAAAUGCGAUCAGGAAACUAGAAACAAAUGGAAUUUAUCGCUGGAUUAUACAACAAUCCCGACUUGGGAUCAGUGCGUACAAGUACUGGAGCGUCAUUGUCAAUUCCUGUUGUCCAAAGCAACGGCUAUGGUCUUGGUCAGAGAUUCAACUGGCACCUACAGACUAGGCCGUGCUCUACUGGACUCGUGUUCGCAGGUGAAUUUAUUCACCGAUUCGUUUGCUCAGAAGCUUCGUCUAAAAAGAGAGAAACACGAUGUGCAAAUCAGCAGUACUGGUCAUGCACGUACAUACAUCACUUCUCUUACAACUACAUCAAUAAGGUCUCGCUUGUCGCCUUUUGAAGUUUCGUUAGAUCUUUGCGUCACCUCGCAUAUAGCCUAUCAGCCGGACAUCAAUAUCGACAUUUCAACAUGGAAAAUGCCAGAAAAUAUUGUUCUGGCAGAUGAGAAAUUCUACCAGUCUCGACACAUCGACAUGCUUUUAGCAACAGAAGCAUUCUUCGACAUUCUGUCAGUGGGCCAAGUUAAACUUGAUACAACUGGGCCCAUGCUCCAAAAGACACUGUUUGGUUGGGUAGUGACAGGAAAGUGUCAUCCGCAACAGUCUCGAGAGCUUGCUGCUAGUUUUAAGCUUGGUGCCACUUCAAUUGACGAUCACCUUAAACGCUUAUGGGAAAUUGAAUCAACUGAAACUUCAAAUGUGUUGUUGAAACCAGAACAUCGAGCUUGUGAGGAACACUACGUAAAAACGACUGUUAUAAAUGACAGUGGUCGCAUUGUUCACGCCGCAGAUUUCUCAGCUUGGAACGCCGUUUGGCACAAUCUUCGGAACUUCGCUUACAGCUUAUCGGAACCUCACUACUACAUACCUCACCAUUGCGUUUUGAAGCCCAGCAGCGAAUCCACAAAGCUUCGAGUGGUCUUCGACGCCUCGUGUCGAACAUCCAAUCAAACUUCGCUCAAUGAUCAUUUACUUGUCGGCCCGACUCUCCAAGACGAUUUAUAUUUGCUGUUGUUGCGUUUCAGAUUACAUCGUUACGCCAUAACAGCUGAUGUAACCAAGAUGUACAGGCAAGUAAAUGUUGAUUUAAAUGAUCGCAAAUACCAGUACAUACUCUGGCGAGCUCUUCCAGAUGAACCACUUCGCACUUAUCAACUCAACACGGUUACAUAUGGAACAGCCUCAGCGCCAUACUUAGCCAUACGCAGCCUGCAUUUUUUGGCAAAUCUGUGUCGAACUGAGUAUCCAAUCGGUGCUGCAGUCAUUGAAUCGUCGUUCUAUGUAGAUGACCUGUUAUCUGGAGGUGAGGACAUAGAAACUCUUCGCACAAUCAAGGAUCAAGUCACGAAAAUUCUUCAUCGUGGUCACUUUCCGUUAUCUAAGUGGCAUUCAAAUCAUGCCCAAUUUAUCGAAAACGUCGCUAUCAAGGACUUAAAUACGUGUGAGAAUGGAUUGACCAGUGCACUUGGCGUCAGCUGGAAUCAACUCACCGAUAUGCUGCUAUUUCACUUCAACCCGAAAAUCGUUGCGUCAACCGUCACCAAGAGGACCAUUCUGUCAAUUGCAUCAGCGUUGUUCGACCCUCUCGGACUGGUGUCACCACUCAUAAUCGUCGCAAAGAUAAUCCUACAGGAGCUCUGGCUUGCAGGGCUUACUUGGGACGAAUCGGUACCACAGCAUCUUGAACUGGCCUGGAAGAAGUGCCUGGAAUCAUUCCAAAACAUUUCGUCACUUGCUGUACCCCGGUACUGCAAGCAGGUCAACCAAAGCUCAUUUCAAUUGCAUGGGUUCUGCGACGCUUCGAUUCGAGCGUACGGCUGUUGCAUCUACGUGCGGUCGGAAUCUGCUUGCGGAAACAUUGGUGUUCAUCUUCUCACUGCCAAGUCCAGAGUGGCCCCAGUAAAGAAGAAAUCGCUUCCCAAACUGGAAUUAUGUGGAGCACAUUUGUUGGCACAAGUUUACAACAAAAUCAAGUGUAUAUUCGCCGAAGAGACACAUGACGUAUAUUUGUGGUCGGAUUCGCAAAUUGUUUUACAUUGGCUAAUACAACAUUCAGUCACGUUAUCAGCAUUUGUCGGAAAUCGAGUUUCUGAGAUCCAGGAUUUGAGUUCAAUCGGACGUUGGAGAUUUGUACCAACGACAUCAAAUCCUGCUGACAUUGUUUCUCGAGGUGCCACCACUUCUGAUCUACAAUCAUCCAUAUGGUUCUCAGGACCAGCUUUUUUAACCCAACAUCAUGAACAUUGGCCAACAUCAAGCAACAUCAGCAACAUUGAUAUGCAAGUAAUCAAUGCCGAACAACGUAAAUCUACUUUCGUCGCCACAAUGGAUCGUAACCAUGUCCUGGAAAAACUAGCGAACAUCAGCUCAUACAAUCGUUGUGUUCGCACUGUCGCGUACAUGCUUCGCUUCGUUCAAAUCACACAUAUGAAACGUAAAUUCGAAACAACUUUGUCAUCCGAGGAACUACGCAAUGCAUCCUAUUGCAUAAUUUGGAACAUCCAGCAAUUAUCAUUCGUCGAAGAUCAACCACUUAGAAGCCAUCUAAAGUUUCUCAAUCCUUUUCUAGAUCGCUCCACAGGAUUUUCACUUAUCAGAGUUGGCGGCCGGCUGGACAACGUUGAGUUUGAGAACUUCGAAAAACAUCCGAUAUUGUUGCCCAGUAAAUCGCACUUCGUCUGGAUCUAUGUGCGGCAUCUACAUCUUCGCAACUGCCAUGCUGGACCUAAAGCUUUAGUGGCACUCCUUCGAUUGGAAUAUUGGAUCGUAAACGCCAGAGACUUGGCACGUCGCAUCGUGCAUGGCGUGUGUUCGGUACAAACCAAAAUUGGAAAGGCAGCUUAUGGGAUCGCUGCCAGUGGAGCGCCUUCGACCGGAACACCCAUUCCAACGCUGUGGUAUUGA